UUAUCAUCUCUCUGUGGUGUUGAGCUUUUCUCUGGUUGGUUUUGCCUCUUGUCAUCUCCACCAGACCUGUCUUGCUGCUGUUAGUCUAUCGACUCCUCACUUCGAGCUUGAGUUGAGCUAAGGCAGCAUUGCUGUAGGGGAGACAUUGAGUUGUUCAUCUCCCACAAAGGACUGCCGUCUACACAAGCUCUUUGGCUCGCGACUUUACCUCGCAUAUCUACUUCAGUUUCGGCUGGUCUACAGCUCGAGUAUUUCUCUUGCUCACGUCGCAAUGGAAUCUCUCACGACCCAUCCUUCUACCGCGCAGCAGGCCCGGGCCUUCACUUCCCCCGCUUCUCUGUCCUUUCCCGGUGGUGCCGGUGAUUUGACACCUCCGUCUUCUGAAAAAGAAGGAAACUUGGCGAUUGGCGCUCAGGGUGCGAAUGGAACUGUGAACGGCCAUCAGCAGGGAGGAAAUGCCGUCAACGGCAAUGGGGUGACGCCCGCUACUCCCGCUGCGACACCUGGUGCCAAUGCUCCGGGAAGUGGUAUCGUGCCUACCUUGCAAAACAUCGUUGCUACUGUCAACCUUGACUGCCGCUUGGAUCUCAAGACUAUCGCGCUUCAUGCGCGAAAUGCAGAGUACAACCCAAAGCGUUUUGCGGCCGUGAUCAUGCGUAUCCGGGAACCGAAAACUACCGCACUGAUCUUCGCCUCCGGCAAGAUGGUCGUCACUGGUGCGAAGUCUGAAGACGAUUCCAAGCUCGCAUCCAGAAAGUACGCGCGUAUCAUCCAGAAACUGGGCUUCAAUGCCAAGUUCACCGAUUUCAAGAUCCAGAACAUCGUCGGCUCUUGUGACAUCAAGUUCCCUAUUCGCCUGGAGGGUCUGGCUAGUCGCCAUCACAACUUCAGUUCUUACGAACCUGAGCUUUUCCCUGGUCUCAUAUAUCGUAUGAUGAAGCCCAAGAUCGUCCUCUUGAUUUUCGUCAGUGGAAAGAUUGUUUUGACCGGCGCCAAAGUCCGUGAAGAGAUCUAUCAGGCGUUCGAACUGAUCUAUCCUGUGCUUUCCGAUUUCCGCAAGGUCUAAGAGGCACCCCGCGGCAUAUCGGUCAGCAUAUGAAGAUCACCCACUCCAUAUCCUUCACACAUUCCCACCUGUAUUAACACUUCUUUUUUUUUUUCCCUUUUGAGAGGUUCAUAGGGAUUGGGUGGUCUUUUCAGUCACUUUUGCUGAGACCUCGCUUAUGAUGAUUUUCAUGCUAGCAUUUGUACGGCGUUCUAGCGAUUCGGACCGUUCUGCC